AUGGUUCUGUGGGAGAUCACAUUGGGAACUGCGUAUUUUUUGGGUCUGAAACGAACGUACAAACUCGCUCUCAAACUUCAGCGGAAGCUCAUCAGCCCCAAGCAUCCCAAGAUUCGCCAAUUUGUUCAGAGAAGGACUCGGAGUGUAUUUGACAUAGCACUCAAAGUUCAUCUCAAGGUGCAAGAGAGGGACAUCGAAGUCGGUCGGAACCUGGGGAACCGGAUUCUCCGCUGGCUUGACAAAAUGAAGCCCGAAGCACAGAUCAGAGGCCCAACUCCAUCGGGCCCACAAUCAAAUACAAACAUGACUCAGCUGCAAUCGGGCCCUUCGCAGCACCUGAACAAUCAAGGAGGCAGCUUCCCCAAGCCCAGCUCGAGGAGUUCCGGUAGAGAAUCUGACAGGCAUCUCUUUACAGCCACACGUAAUAUGUGGCCAAAAUCUCUUCCCACGAUUUCCAUGAUGAUGAGGCCCAUGGGCCCCACUGGACAGAAUACCCAGUAUCGGCAGUAUGUGACUCGUGGGCCUGAGCUUUUCUCUGUGGACUAUGGUAAAUUUGGGUUCGGGCAAAUCCUCAGGAAUGACUUGAAGCAGUGGGUUUCACAUCGUUGA